GGCGUUUGCCAACACAGUGUGCAUAUGUUGGAAAUGGAAAAAACUUUUAAUUGCCGCAAGUGAUUGUUUUAGUUGAUUUUUGAUGGUAUUAAUGCACAACUAUACUUAAAACCUGCAACUAAAUGUAUUUCAAUGCAUUGCUAAUUUAAUCCAUGUGUUGAGACACACUAAAAGAAAAGACUGCGCACAAUAAUCCGCACAUAAAACUCACACAACAACAAUGAUGAACAACCAUUUUCACAUGCAACAUGAGCACACACCACAAAAUGUUGCCCAACCGUACUUGCAGCAGCAGCAGCAGCCCCCACUCUCAGGACCAGCGCCAGUUCCCACUCCAGCUCCUACCUACAGCUACUUGCCGCAGCAGCAGAAUGUACAGGAGCCCCAAUGGAUGACCUACCAAAUCAUGCCACCCACUCAGGGCAUCGCCACUGGCGGCGACCAUGCCAAUGGACCGAAGCGAUAUUAUGCAACCACAGCGCAGCCAGCGCAUCCCAGAACCAUACAGAUAAACAACAGCUAUGGCCAGCAGAAUCCUUCGACUAAGCAGCAGGCUGCCAGCUCGUCCACUUCCGCUUCCAACCCGUUUAAGACCAACAACAUACGCAUUAUAUCGACAACCCCCAGUGUGUACAGUCUUAAUAAAUCAUCGCCGGAACAGCGGCAGUUGUAUGCUCCCGUUCAAUCCUACUACAUGCCACAACGCCAGGCCGGAGCACUGCCGCCUCGCCAGCUGAGCCAAGUGGUGGCAGACAAACAGCAUACUUUGCCGCCACGGGAACCCGGGACCCUUCCCGCUUCCCACAACCAGCCGCCCACAGUGGUCUUGGACCGCAUCAAUAUAUGCAUCAACAAUCUGUACUCAGACGCCGCCAGCACCAACCUCACCACAUCCCUCGGCACUGCCCAGCAGCCUUCACCCAUCAUCCCAGCUAUCCAGCACAAGGCACAGGCCAUCCUGCCGCUCAUUGACAGCAGCACUGCCGACAGCAGUAGCAGUAGCAGCAGUUCGGUAUCCAGCAGCAGCUACGGCGGAGGCACGACAACCUCUGCCGCUGUAAUAGUCAUAGAUGAACCGGACUCCACCACAACGACACCUCAGACGCCGCCAACCACACCGGAGACAAUGAGUUCACCGGGAAAGUCUUCGCCCUCGCCCCCACCACCACCUACACCUCCACCACCAUCCCAACCGACGCUGAUUAAAGUGUCGAGCCAAAAGAAGCCGAGCUUCAAGAGCAUCGACUCAGCGCCACCGACACCACCAACGCCACCGCCCCCCGCUAUUAGCUACGCCCUACAGGAGGAUGUCUUCGUUAAGUGCGACGAUGGAAGACUGUAUUUGGGAACCAUCGUGGGGGAAUCACCCGAUCAGUUUCUAAUCCGAUUCGAUGAUCAAUCGGAACAGUGGCACGAGUCGGAUAAGCUUCGCAAGCUGGGCGGCGGCGGAACUGCAGGCGGCAGUGGAAAAACUGGCAACAGCUCGGAGUCCUCUAAUGCCGCCGUUAGCGGGCCCAUGUGUGUGGCCUGCAAGCGCUUGAAUCUACAAGAUAUCGUUGAGAUAUGCGAACGCUGCGGCCGUGGCUACCAUCGUGGCUGUACCACCGAAAUAGCCCAUGGCAGUGGAAUUUGGAGUUGCAAGCGAUGCGUGAAGCCCAUGAAAAUGCAACAGCCAUUGAAUUAUGAAACAACGAAGAAGCCCCCAGGGAUUUGCCGCCAGUUGCCCUAUCAUGCGGAUAAACUCAGCUGGGAUGAGAAGCAUCGGGUGAACGAAGAGCAAAUCUACUGCUACUGCGGCAAGCCGGGAAAAUUCGAUCACAAUAUGCUGCAGUGCUGCAAAUGCCAGAACUGGUUCCACACUCAGUGUAUGCAGAACUUUAAAGAAAAGCUGCUGCGGGGCGACACAUUUUUUGUAUUCUGCUGUACAGUGUGCAACGAUGGCGUGGAAUAUGUGCGGCGACUGCAAAUCGACUGGGUGGAUAUACUCCACAUUGCGCUUUACAAUCUGCGCAAGCAUCAGCAUCAAAAGUAUCAUCAUUUGCUUAAGGACAUCUGGCCAUUUGUGCUCGAACAGCGCCACAAGCUGCCCAUAUCCGAGCAGUGGAAGACACUGCCAGAGACGGCGCUUAUGGAGCGCAUUAAACAAACGUUGAAAGAUCGCACAGAGAGAUUUGUGUGCGGCCGCGAGUUUAAGCGGGCUCCAAACUUUUUUGCCCUCAGGCACAGUGGGCCACCCGUGACCCCGAAAGUUUGGCUGCAACCUCAUGAGGAGGUGUGUGAUGAGGUGCUGGUCAACAAGUUCAACAUAUUGCUAAUGACCAGGGAAGAGAGUGGUUCCAAAGAUGUGUACGAGUUCCGUACGGAUGAGGACGAAGAGGGGACCAACACCAGCGAGGAUGAGAUACCCAUAAAGCAGAUCAUUGAGAAAGCCAAAAAGAAAGCAAACAAAAUGCCUGCAGUGCCGGAGCUGCAGCAGGACCACCGCGUCACAGUGGACACAAUUGACCUAGCCGAUGAUAAUGCCAAUGAUGGUGACCAUGGCAAGUUGCCAGCGCCUAUUCCACCGCAGCCAAAUGCCAAGAGCAGCCGAAAACGCAAGGCCUUCCACUUGUCUAGGCGCUACGACAACAGCCGCAACCACUGUGAUCUUUCGUCCGAUGAAAAUUCAAGCAGCAGUCGGGGCACCAGCUCCCUGGACCUCAUUAUACCGCCGCCAGUAAAUUUUCUGGGUCGCAACAAUCCUUUUCUUAUGGCCACACCCAAGAAAUCGACGCAAGUAAAAAAAGGCCUGUCAUUCGGGCUGGGAACGGGCGUUGGCGUCGCGGGCGUCAUCAACAGCAUUUUCAAGUUAAAGGGAGGCGGAAUGGAUCAACCGCGCGUCGUGCGCACCAUAAAGCGAAGACUGAGUGCCAAAGAUAUAACCAUAGGCCCCAACCAGGAGGUGCGCAAACGUCGGAAUCGUCGCAUGACCACAGCCGUCGAGAUUAUCAAUACCACGACCAUCAAUCCUCUUUCCAGCCCAUACUUUCCCUUAUAUGCCAAAGAUUUGCUGCCGCCAGCGCCGCCGCCAGAUAAGCCCACGCAUGGCCGACUGCUGCGCCAGCGGCCCCAAAAAUCCGCUCGCAGCUCUCCCAACCAAAGUCGCAGGAAUUCCAUCAGCUCGACAGCAACCAGUGGGAGCAGCAGUGCUGGCAACGGACAUUCGAUACUGGAUCUAAAGCAGUCUGUGAACAAAUACUUUGGAGGCGCCAUGAAUCGGAUUGACGCCGGAGAAUCGUUUGCCAUUCGUGCCAAGCGCCGCAUGGGAAAUGGUCAGGUUCAGUACCUUGUGGAAUGGGGUGGCGAUGCAGCGACAACGACAAAUGGAAUCUAAUCCUAUUGGAAUUUGAUUUAGAUCCACCUAGAUUAUAGUCAUUAUAAUUUUUUUUAUGGUUUUCUUUUUUGAAUUGUUUGAGACGGAAGGAAAUGUUUGCUGCCAGCUUUGGGCCACUCUUUGAUUAUUUUUGUUACUGUUUAAAGUUGAUUUGAUUACCGAUCCACUGCCAAAAUAGCUAAAGAAUGUUCAAAAUAUUGGGUCAGAACUCAGAAAACACACAAAAAUGUAAUGCUAGAACGACAAAAUGCAAAAAACGCAACUGAAUACAGGUUUUUAUUGUGCAAUGGCAGUUAAUGGUUGCAAAGAGAAGAGUAUAAAUUAACCUAAUAAUUGGCACAGUAUUAGAAGAUUUAACUGAAAGCGUAUGUAAAAAUCUUUGCUGAAAGAAAACGUAUUAAAUAAUGUAUAUUCAAUCAGAAGUUGAACACUGUUUAGAUGUAUCCCGUGUAUAUUUUCGAAAAAUAUACAUAAUCGUACGUGCGUGCAUAUGUUGGAGGUAAAAGUAAACCACUCACACAAAUUAUGUUAUGCAUACAAAAAAUACUUGAGGUAUACCACACAAAAUUAAAGAAAUUUAGUAAUAAUACACCUAAUAAUAAUAAUAUCCAUACACUAGACGAAACUUCAUGACUAAGGAAUACACACACACACAUAUACAUGCAUUCAUAAAAAACAUAAGGUUUAAGUAUUAAAAGCUACACGAAAUCAAAAUCGAGUUGAACGCAAACUAAAUCUCAUGCAUUCGAGCAUUGCAGACUUGCAUACAUAUAUUACGAUUAGACUAAAAUGGAACAAAAUGUAAAGUAUAUAAUGCCCAAAUAAAUGUUUCGAAGAGCA